AUUGUGGCGGCCUGAGCACAUGGGAACUUGAUUGGGCACCACUGAGGGAAGCGAGUCGCUUCUGGUCGCUUCCAGCACGACACGGGCACAGCGCGCAUCUUAUGGUUGCAUACUACAUUUCAACAUAUGUAACUUGUAUGAUCCUCUCAAAGGACUCUGGCUCAGCGAGCCGCUGGGGCGACUUGCCCAACGAGCUCAUUAGGGCGAUAGCGAGCUACCUGCCCGAAAACGAAGUCGCAACAUCAUUCAAGCUUGUAAACCAGCACUAUGCACGCAGCCUCAGCGAAUUCCGCGUCGUGCGGCUGUCGCAGCCGCUGCCUCAAUGGACCCAGCGGAACUUCCCACCAAGAGCCGUUGCGGGGCUGGUGUUGGCUUCCCAGCCCUGGCCCUCGCACGGCUUCGUGGCGCACUGGGGCCGCCCCGAGCCGUGGCGCUGCCUCACGCUGCCGCAGCGGCGCCGGCUGCUGAGCCUGGCGGCGUCCUCGGGCGACGCCGGCAGCCUGGAGGCCGCGCUGGCGCACGGCGGCUGCACCGGAUUUGAGGAACCGGCGGCGUCGGCGGCUCUUGCCGGCCGCGUGUCGGUCUGCGAGAAGCUCGUGUCUCGGGAGAUUUCUGCCUUCCGCACAGUUCUAUUAUGCUUUGCCGCGGAGGCGGGGCAUCUGGAGGUGUGCCGCUGGUUCUGGCGGGAGUUGGCGACAAUGCGGCAGGCGACGACUCCAAGCACGGGCAUGCACGUGGACAUUGCAAGCCAGGCGUGCGCGAUGGCAUGUCGUGGAGGUCACGAGGAGGUCCUCAGCUGGAUGCAGGGGGUUUACGAGCAGGAGGUGGCAGAAGCCAUGACGCGCGGGCUGGGGGAGGGGCACGAGCUGGAGGGGUUGGAACCGGAGGCGGUGGAGGAGCAGGAGGGAGAAGGGGAGGAGGAGCAGGAGGAGGAGGUGGAGGAGGAGGUGGAGGUGGAGGAGGAGGAAGAAGCCGCCGCAGAGGAGGAGCAGGACGAAGGACAGGUGCAGCAGCAGCAGCAGCAGCAGCCUCCAGCCCAAGCCGCAGCCCGAUCGACAGCCGAGCUGGCGCACGCUGUUGACAUGGCUCUGUCCGCGGCGGGGGGUGGCCAAGUGGCGUGGUGCACCCGCUGGGCCGACAUCGCGGGGCCACAGCAGUACUUGAUGGCUGCGCUGCCAGUCAGGGCUGCUGUGGGCUGCGACUUACCCGGACUGCAGCAGCUGAGUGCACGAUACAGCCCCCCAUCAGCUGCAUUGCGCCGCGUGCGCAAGCUCGCCGUGCCGUACUACGCCGCUGCCAGCCCCACGCCCGACUGGAGGGACAAGGUGGACUGGGCGCUGCAGCAGGAUCCAUUGGACAUUGUGGAGGGGCCUGAGGCACAUCAUGUGGUUGCACAGCUUUUGGAUUCGGAGGUAGGGAUCUUCCGCGCCGCGGCGAGCUUCCCGGACUUGCACCUGAGGCUGCAGCACCUGCGGUCGCGCGGCCUGCCGCUGCUGUGCGCUGCGGACUUCGUUAAGCACGCGGCCGCCGCCGGCAACGCAGCCGCGCUGACGUGGCUGCUGGAUCAGCCGGAGGGGCAGGAGCUGGCGGCGAGCGCCGAGCUGGGGCAGGCGGCGGCGGCGGCGGGGCAUGUGCCGGUGCUGGAGUGCCUGCGCGCGCGGGGCUUGGUGUUUGAUAUUGCGCACGCGACCGCAGCGGCUGAAGCCUGUCGCGGCGAGGCGCUGAGGUGGAUGGCGGGAGCAUUGGCGGAGGGCGACGCGGCCGCAUGGUCAGGCGUGUGGAGAUGCGCGGCGGCUGCGGGCGUGGACCUGUCGACUCUGCGGCUGCUGCAUGAGCGGUGGGGCGCGGCUGUAGACCUGGAUGCGGUGGCUAAGGGUGGCAGCGUAGAGGCGCUGGAGUGGGCGUUUGGGCUGCUGGAGCAGGAGCAGGCCGGCCCAGCCGGCGUGGCGGGAGGCGGCACGGCGGGCGCGAGCGUGGGUGCUGCUGCCCAGACCGACGGCACAGGCGGCGACACGGACCCGGCGGCACGGCUGCACGGUGCCAUGUGGGCCGGGCUGCAUGCCGGCAACUUUGCCACUGCGACGUGGCUGCUGCGGCGGCUGCUGGACUUAACUGGCGGCGGCGCCAUCGCUGAGGUAGGCGCUGACCUGGAGCGUAGGUGCGCCGAGUGCAAGCUGCCCGAGCUGGUGUUGAAGAAGGCGGCGCUGAGCUGGCUGAUGGAUGAGGCGAUCCGGCACAAGCACCAGGAGGAGCGGCUGCCGAUGAAGCAGGGGGGUUUAGGGGCCUGAGGAGGAGCGGUGACGGGCUAGAGGAGCAGGGGUGCCACGCGAGACGCGGCCAUAGAGAGUCAAGGAGCAGUUAGGUACCGUACUGAACGGGUGUGGUGGUGUUGCGGCAGUGCUGGCGCGUGGCUGGGGCGCGUGAGGCCGUGAGGCUUUAUGUCGCCUGCGCAGCUCUGUGCAGUACGGCAGGAGGGGUUAGCCCCACUUUGCAAUGGGACACACAGAGGCUGGCAGCUGGGCAGGAGGUGUGUUUGGAUGUGGGCAAAGCAGAGUCAUGGUGCGCAGCGCGGGUGCUGCUGCGCGUUGCUGUUGCACGCGCACCGCUAUUGGCACGGUGCGUGGCGUUGGCAGGUUUGAUAGCGUUGGGAAGAUGCAGUCGAUUGGGCAUGGCAGGCUGAUGACGUCAUGGGGAGGCGAGCAGUGCGACCGGCAGAAGGCGCAUUUGCCGGCAAGCGAGGGAUGCCGCGAGGUGGACAUUGGUGGCUGGGUCAGACGGUACCGCUGGCGCGUGUGCGGGCGGCCGAUGCACACUGGACAGCUAGGACGUACAGUAAUGUAAGCAUGUAAGGAUGAUGUAAGGAUGUGAGGAUGACUACCCCGCUGAUGGGCGCGUUGACAGUUGACUGGGGUAGCCAGGUAGGGCUGCUUGUGCUCUGGUGGCGCCCGGGGAUAUGGUACCGUACCUCGGGUGCAAGUAAGGACACACGGGCCGCCACUGGACAGGAGGAGGCUGCAAGGCACGGACGCUAUCUGCCGUACCGUACUGACAACACAUAAAAUCGUGUUGGAACUAAACAGGCUGACACAGAAUCUGGUGAUGGGCUCUGGCAGAAGCCAGGCCGAAUUACACGGACGCUAGCUA